AUGAACGAUUCAGACCAACAAGGCCAGCCGAAAGGCGCACCACUGCCCCUCUCAUCAGGAGAGGCCAACACAGCAUACAUCAACGAUGGCGACCACUUCGAAAUCACCAUCAAGUUCGCCCCCGAGAAGCACUCUCAAAGCUGGCUAUUUAGGCAAGAUACCACCUUUGAGGACAUCCUCAUGGCGCUCGGCCACCAAUGGCCCGACUACGAUUUUCUAAAAUCCAAAGCCAUUGUUGAGAAGCGCCAGCAGUCAUCAUCACCAUCCACAAAGACGAAAUCCCUCCUCAAAGCCCCAGACGAUGACAGCCUCGCCAUGCAACUCUACGCCGGCAACUCCCUCCGCUUCAUGGCCCCCAAGAAAUCAGCUCUAGAAUCCCUCCACGCCGGCAAGGCCGAAAUCGCCAAGCGUGAAGCAGCCCUUCAAGCCCAGCGGCGCAUGGCCUACAAACCUCCUAAAGGCCGACCAUCGGCCUCCAAGAGCGGCAUUCACACCAUCAACGGCCCCAUCGACUCCUCCUCCUCCUCCGGCGGCAGUGACACCCGCUUCACCUUCCAAACCAUCCGUCCGCUCCCUCACUUGCCCAAUCCCUCCCGCUCACAGGCCUUCCUGCAACGCCUCGCCGCCGACCCGGGCAUCCGCACCGCCAUGCGCGCGCACCAGUUCACCGUCGGCCUGCUCACGGAAAUGGAUCCGGGGCAGUACACGACCGAGACCCACGAGGGCGUCUCGCGCAUCUUGGGAUUGAACCGCAACAAGGGCGAGGUGAUCGAGCUCCGCCUAAGGACAGACGCGUACGAUGGGUAUCGACACUACAACACCAUCAGAAAGACGCUGUGUCACGAGCUGGCGCACAACGUGCAUGGAGACCACGACAGGCACUUUUGGGAACUUUGUCACCAGAUUGAAAGGGAGGUGGAGAGGGCGGAUUAUACCAAGAGCGGGAGGGUGAUGGGUGGCGAGGAGUAUGUGCCUGCGACUGAGAGGGGGGAUGAUGAGUUAGAAGAAGAAGAAGAAGAAGAAGAAGAGGAAGAGGGGUUGGUGAUGGAUCAUGGAGGCUGGACGGGCGGGACGUAUGUGUUGGGUGCUACUAGUGAUGCGGUACCAUCUUUGUCCUCGUCCUCGGCCGAGUCGACUGGGUUGACCAGGAGGGAGAUCUUGGCGAAGGCGGCGGAGGAGAGGUUGAAGAGGUCGAGUAAGGGUCCGGAUCGGGGAAGUGGAAGGGGAGAAGGAAGUGGAAGGGGGGAAGAAAGUGGAAGUAGGAGUGGGAGUCGCGGGUAA